AUGGAAUUUGAUGAAUAUGACUACCUGGAGAAAACAGUUGAAAACCCUGAAGCUCACAAGGCAAAGGAAACUGCCAAUGGUGGUGAUGAUUCCAUGAAGACAGGGGAGAAAGAAAGCAGCCGGAGUUCGAAACAUAAGAUCAGUGAGAAGGAUGAUGGUGAUGAUGACCAUCAUCGCUCAAAGCGCUCAAAAUCUGGAGAUGAAUCUCGUGAUCAUGACAGGCAUAAAGAAAAGGGUUCAUCUCGUCAUCGUUCGCGAUCCAGAGAUGGAGAGAGGGAUCGACAUCGGAGUAGCCGGGAACGUAGAGAUAGAGAUAGAGGUAGGGAUAAGGAGAGAGACAAAGAUAGGGAGGAGAGAAAUGAGAAAGAGAGGGACAGAGACAGAGAUAGAGAUCGAGAUCGGGUGCGAGAACGCGAACGUGACAGGAAGGAUCGGGAUCGUGAUAGUGAAAAGGAAAGGGACAAGGAGAGGGAAAGGGAGAGAGCACGUCGGAGCAGGAGCAGAUCAGAAAGGCAUCGAGAUGAAUUGGAUGAAAAGGAGAGAGAGAAGAGCCGGGACAGGGAGUACAGAGAAAGAGAAAGGGAGAGGGAGCCUAGGGAAUGGGACCGAGAAACCAGAAGAUAUAAAGAAAAGAAGGAAGAAGUUGCAGAGCCAGAAGCUGAUCCAGAACGGGAUCAGAGAACAGUAUUUGCUUAUCAGAUAUGUCUGAAGGCGGAUGAGAGAGAUGUCUAUGAAUUUUUCUCGAGGGCUGGCAAGGUUCGAGAUGUACGUCUCAUAAUGGAUAGAAAUUCAAGGCGUUCAAAGGGAGUUGGGUAUAUAGAGUUUUAUGAUGUGAUGUCAGUCCCUAUGGCCAUAGCACUCUCUGGGCAGCCUCUUCUUGGUCAACCAGUAAUGGUGAAACCUUCAGAAGCUGAAAAGAAUCUUGUUCAGUCUACUACAACUGUGAAUGCAGGAGCUGCUUCAUAUUCUGGAGGUGCUAGAAGGUUGUAUGUUGGCAACUUGCACUUCAACAUAACAGAAGAUCAACUUCGUCAGGUUUUUGAACCAUUUGGUACUGUGGAGUUGGUGCAAUUGCCUCUUGAUGAUACCGGGCACUGCAAAGGCUUUGGUUUUGUUCAGUUUGCACGUCUUGAAGAUGCUAGGAAUGCCUUAAAUUUAAAUGGACAAGUGGAGAUUGCUGGUCGGGCAAUCAAGGUGUCAACUGUUACUGACCAAACAGGAAUGCAAGAUGGUGGGACAAAUGCUGGCGAUUUUGAUGAUGAUGAAGGCGGUGGUUUGGCUCUGAAUGCACGUUCUCGAGCUAUUCUGAUGCAAAAGUUGGAUCGCAGUGGCACUGCCUCAAGUAUUGCUGGUUCAAUAGGAACUCCUGUUGUAAGUGCUGGCCUUGCCAUACCUGCAGCACCAAUUCUUGGAGCUGCACCUGGUGUUUCUCCUGCUGUUGCUCCUCUUAUGGCAGGUGCUGUUCCUGGUCUACCUGGACUUCCAGGUGCAGGCAUUCAACAUCCGGCUGCUGCAAUUCCUUCUGUGGAUAUGAUUGGUGUCCCAAGUGAAUGUUUAUUAUUGAAGAAUAUGUUUGAUCCUAAAUUAGAGACGGAACCGGACUUUGAUUUGGAUAUUAGAGAAGAUGUUCAAGAGGAGUGCUCCAAAUUUGGAAGUUUGAAGCAUAUUUACGUGGACAAGAAUAGUGCUGGUUUUGUAUAUUUACGAUUUGAGAAUACACAAGCUGCAAUAAAUGCACAACGUGCGCUUCAUGGAAGAUGGUUUGCUGGCAAGAUGAUUACUGCAACAUAUAUGGUGCCCCAGGUUUAUGAGGCUAAAUUCCUGGAUAGCAGAUAGGACUACAGACAGAUUUUGGAUGUCGAGAGAAUAUCAUAUCAGAUUUUAUGUUAAUUCUUCCUUCAUUGUAUUACAAGGAUGUUCUAACAUUAGGUGUUAUUUCGAUUAAAAAAAAAAAAAAUGGAAGUAGUUAGUUUCUGUUGUGUUCUCGUUUCGUUUGUAUUUUGGUUAAUGAAGUUGAAGGCGUUUGCAGCAUACUUGAUACUGUUAUAGACUUGUUUUAUGUGGACAACUUAAGUCAAGGUCCUUUUUUCUAGAUUAUAGGAUUUUGUCAUUUGAUCUUUCGUGCAAGACACAUUUUCCAGAUUAUAUUUUCAUUUGGAAUUGUGCA